AUGCUGGGCUACAUCUCCUCAACACGUAAGAAGAGCUGCACGGCCUGCGUCAAGGCCAAGCGUCGCUGUGACUUAGGCUACCCCUUUUGCAAACGCUGUUUCGUCAAAGGCCUCGACUGCUCGUACCCCAAUCCCAGCAAAACCCCAGUUUCAGUCCGCGACGCUGAGGUGGUUAUACGACGGACUACGCCAGAUAUCAGCCUGCCUGCGACGACUGCUCAUCACCACGUGGGCGCUCACGAGCCAGGUAACAUCGCUCUCGACCCAUUGGCUCUGGCUGCUUCAGACGAAUCGACCCUGGAAGCGUGGCUGCAAGAUGGCGACGGCUGCUCGACUACACCGGAACUAUGCAGAACUCUAAUGCCGUCUGUGGCUCUUCCGGUGAUCCUCAACAACCAGCAGACCAUUAUCGUCGUUGAAGGCCUGUGCGCUCUUGUGAACCACAUGGCAUACUCGGGCACGACGCAUUUUCUCCAUCGGAAUCUGUAUCCCCAUGACGCCCAGCCGGCAGCGUACCAGGACUGUGUUGCCAUAGCCGCUCUGUACAUGGCGCAGAACGUCAGGAACACCAGCAUCCUGGUCAAUAGCAUCAAUGCCAAGAUUUCCAUCAUGAUCAGAGAAGCGCGGAACUGGACGUUGAUGAACCAUCUAGCGGCGGUUCAGGCGCUGAUCAUAUAUCAAAUCAUUCGGCUCUUUGACCCGAGCCUGGGCGCGCAGGCGGACGCGGUGAAGCACAACGCGCUGCUUGAAACCUGGGCUACAGACCUUUUAAAGCGCUCUUUCUACGACACGCUCUCUUUUCCAGAUGCACAUGCGCGUUGGGUCUUCAACGAGUCGCUCCGCCGCACGGUCUUCAUGUCGGUCUUCACGCGGUGCGCAUGGAGCGUCUUCACAAAGGGCGGGCUUGCCGAUCAGGUCCACAUUCUAGCUGCUAUGCCGCUGACCAAGGACCUGGGUAGAUGGACCCGACAGGAUACGCUGUGUGGCAUUGAGAGCAUACCAAGUAAAGACGAAGACUUGGUUUCUUAUCUGGAUCUCUCCAGGGAUUGGUCAUAUGAUAAGAGCGUCAAGGAGUUGGGCCCGUUUGGCAAAUUUCUUCUUGCGCCUUGUCGAGGCGAUGAUCAGAGGUUGUUGGUCUGA